UCACCAUCCAAAUUUUCAGUAGCAUAUAAAAAUGGCCACACACGUUAAAAACACCGAAGAUUUUAAAACACAAAUAAAAAAAGUCGACACCCAAACCCUGGUUUUACUGGAAUUCUCGGCCAAAUGGUGCGCAGCUUGUAGUCUGAUAGAGCCAGAAGUGGAAAAAAUCGCUAAAGACAACCCAAUUGUAAAAUGUUUUGCGAUAGAUGUAGACGAUUGCGAAGACAUCGCCACAGAAUAUAACGUGGUGGCUCUACCAACUAUACAUUUUGUUAAAGAUGGUAACAUCUUAGAAUCAAUAGUCGGGGCCAAAAAAUCUGCUUUGAAAAAUGCAUUAUCUAAACUACAUCCUGAAGGAAUGUUAGAAGAGAAUAUUAUUGAAAAGGAUGAUAAAAAAGAUUCUAAAGAAAAGGAUGCAAAGAAAGUAUCUAGCGAGAAGGAUGUUAAAGAACUAUCCAAUCAAAAAGAUAAGAAACUAACUGAUGAAAAACAUAAAAGUUUAAUAGAUGAUUUGCUAGAAAUGGCUGCAGCACUACCUGAGUCGAAGAAAAAAGACUCUAAAGAAAAAACCACUGAAGAAACAAAUAAAAAAGUUUCGGAAUCGGACAAACCAGAAGAAGCAACAAAGAAAGAUCCUAAACAGAAUACUAAAGAAGAAAAUAAAAAAAAAGAUUUCAAGGAGGAAAAAAGUGAACAAGAAAAAACAAAGAAAAAAGAAGAAAUAAUAAAGCCGCUGGAGAUACCUACAGAAAAAGAAGACAUUCAAAAAGAAAUCUAAUUUGGACUAAAAAAGGUCAAAUUUAUACAUUUGACAUUUGUCCCAAUACAAAAAUAGAAAAAUGUCCAAAUUCGUUGAAAAAAAUGGUAAUUGUCCAAAUUAAAGCCUCCACAGACCUGGAACCUGUAAUUAAAGAUUUAGACGAAGAAUCAAUAGCAAUUUUAGAAUUUUCCGCAAGUUGGUGUAAAGCCUGUUCAAUAAUGACACCGGAAUUGGAAAGAGUGGCUGAAGUAAAUCCGGUGCAAACCUUUGCUUUUAUCGAUGUUGAUGAUUGUGAGGAACUUGCUAUAGAGUACAAUGUUAUUGUUUUGCCAACAACAUACUUUAUCAAGAACAAAGCUAUUAUUGAAACAAUUAUAGGAGCCAAAUUAAGCUUGCUUUAUAACAUUUUAUCUAAGUUUAACAUGGAAAUACCCGUUAUAGAAAAACCGAUGGAAGGCAAAGAAAAGGAAAAGGAAGAUGCUGAAAACACAAUUAAAAAAGAACCGGAGAAAACGAAAGAAAAAGAAAAGGAUUUAGAUAAGGAUUCAGGUGUAACCGCUAUUACAACCAUAGAUUUAAAGGAAAACAUCUCAAAGCCAAAAAGUAAAAUAUCA